GGGUGGGGACACGGCUGGUCCCAUUAAACGUGUCACUUGUGUGUCAACGGGAUCUGUGUGGCCUCAGGCAUCCGUGUGUCCCCCAAGUGCGUGUCACCGGGAUGCGUGUCCUCAGGUGUCCAUGUGUCCCCCCCCAAGUGUGUGUCACCAAGAUGUGUCCCUUCAGGUGUCCAUGUGUGUCCCCCCCCCCCAAGUGUGAGUGUGUCCCCUGGGUGUCUGUGUGUCCCCAAGCGUGUGUCACUGGGAUGCGUGUCCUCAGGUGUCCAUGUGUCCCACCAAGUGUGUGUCACUGGGAUGGGUGUCCUCAGGUGUCCAUGUGUGUCCCCCCCAAGUGUGUGUCACCAGGAUGUGUCCCCUCAAGUGUCCAUGUGUCCCACCAAGUGCGUGUCACUGGGAUGGGUGUCCUCAGGUGUCCAUGUGUGUCCCCCCAAGCGUGUAUCACCAGGAUAUGUCCCCUCAGGUGUCCAUGUGUGUCCCCCUCAAGCGUGUGUCACCAGGAUGUCCCCCCUCAGGUGUCCAUGUGUCCCCACCGUGCGUGUCCCUUGGGUCUCCUUAUGUCCCCAAGCACGUGUCACUGGGAUGUGUCACCAGGACAUGUCCCACCUUCGGUGUCUGUGUGUCCCCAGGAUGGGUCUCCUCAUGUGUUUGUGUGUCCCCAAGUGCUGUUGCUGGGACAUGUGUCACCACAAGUGUGUGUCACCGGGAUGUGCAUCUUCACGAGCCGAUGUGUCCUCUCAGAUGUCCAUGUGUGUGUGUCCCAGGCACGUGUCACCAUGAUGUGUGGCCCCAGGAUAUGUGGCCCUUGGGUGUCUGUGUGUCCCCAAGCACGUGUCACUGGGAUGUGUGCCCUCAGGUGUCUCUGUGUCCCACCAAGAACAUGUCACUAGGAUGUGUCCCCUCAAGUGCGUGUCACCAUGAUGUGUGUCCUUCAAUGUCCACGUGUCCCCUCAGGUGUCCAUGUGUGUCCCCAAGCAUGUGUUUCCCAGGAUGUAUGUCACUGGGUCUCCGUGUGUCACCAGGACAUGUGUCCCCACCAACCACAUGUCCUCAGGUGUCCGUGUGUCCCCAAGUGUGUCGCUGGGAUGUGUGGUCUUCAGGCUUCCAUGUGUCCCCAGGAUGUGUGUCUUCAAGUGUCCCUGUCCCCCAGGAUGCGUGUCCUUGGGUGUCUGUGUGUCUCCAACCACGUCCCCAUGAUGUGUGUCCUCAAGUGUCCAUGUGUGUCCCCAAGCAUGUGUGACCAUGAUAGGUGUCUUCAAGUGUCCCUGUCCCCAGAAUGUGUGUCCUUGGGCAUCCCUGUGUCCCCCCUUCCAAGCAUGUGUCACCAGGAUGUGUCCCUGAACUCUGUCCCCACAUGUUGGUGUGUCCCCAAGCGUGGUGUCCCACCCCUGUCCCCACCAGGAGAGUGGAGGGAAGUGGGUGGCCCUGGGGGAGGAGACACCACCCCAGAGACCCCAAGACAUGUGGCACCAGGGGAUGCUAAGUGACAGAAAAGAGCUGGUUUAACCCCAAAAUGCCCACAGACACCCCCACCCCGAGCUGGUUCACCCCAAAACCCCGUCUGGGGGCUCACAGGGAGCAAGAGGGGACAGACCCCAAAGCCAUCGUGUCCCCACCGGUGCCACCAUCAUGUCCCCCCUGAGAAGCCAAACCUUCUCCAGGGGCAGGAGCCGGUGUGGAUUAUUAUUUUUUUUUGUUGGGUCAUUUUUUUAUCUUUUAUUUUUUAUUUUUUUGGUAAUUUUUUUUUUUACAUAAAAAGUUCCGUAAAAAUUGGAUAAAGUAAAAUGAUUUAAAGCAGUAAAAUCAAUCUUAUCAACAACGGCGCGAGGCCCUGCCAGAAACCCCCGGGGG